UGAUUUUAAACAGCUGUGCUCAAGGUGUUACAUUCAUGCAUAACUUACUCACCAAACUAUUCUCUCUCUGUAGAUUUCUGAAGCUGUGCUGUGUUUCAUGUGAUAAAGAUCUCAGUACCAAUUAAAUUCCUGAAGACCUGCCAGAUCCUAUUGGCUAAAAUGGGGAUUUGCCAGGCCCCGGGUUCUGAGUUACAAAGAAGAGGCAAUACAAAUAUGACUCAGUUAAAGGAGUGGAGAUUUCUGUAAGACAUGGAUAGAUGUAAACAUGUAGGGCGGUUACGACUCGCCCAGGACCAUUCUAUCCUGAAUCCUCAGAAGUGGCACUGCAUGCAGUGUAACACCACAGAGUCUGUCUGGGCAUGUCUGAAGUGCUCUCAUGUGGCCUGUGGACGAUACAUUGAGGAACAUGCAUUUAAACACUUUGAAGAAACCAGACACCCAUUGGCUAUGGAAGUCAAUGAUCUCUAUGUGUUUUGUUACCUUUGUGAAGACUAUGUUUUGAAUGAUAACCCUGAAGGGGAUCUAAAACUGCUCAGAAGUACUCUCUCAGCAAUUAGGAGCCAGAAGCAGGAUCUGUCUGUGAGGAGCGGUAGAAUGCUUCGGUCGAUGGCUUCAGGAGAGGACGUGUUCCAACCUCAGCAGGCUCCUCAGGGACAGCCCCAGAUGUUGACAGCUCUGUGGCACCGACGCCAGUGUCUGCUGGCUAAAGCGCUGAGGAUCUGGUUUGAAAAGAGCACCAGAGGCCAACAGAAACUGGAGCAAAGAAAGCAAAUAGAGGAAUUAGAGAAGAAGAAAGAGGCUGCAAGGCAGCGGAGGCAGGAGAUGAAGCGCCGCCUCCUUGAGGAGCUAGCCAAUACCCCUCCCAGGAAAAGUGCAAGGCUGCUUUCUCACGUUCACCAAGCAAAUUUGAUUCCCAGGAAAUUCAGAGAGAUAGCAACAAGUUCCCCUACCUCAAGAAGAGUGCAAAGCAGCAAAUUCAAGCCGUUUUAUUCCAUCCGCCGUAAGCCAAUGGUGACUCCUGGUGUAACAGGUCUUCGGAACCUGGGUAACACCUGUUACAUGAACUCUAUCCUUCAAGUGCUCAGUCACCUCCAGAAGUUCAGAGAAUGUUUUUUGACCCUUGACCUCUGUGAAACAGAAGAACUGCUUGCCAAAACAGCCAAUGGGAAGUCUCAGAUGUCAGGUAAAUUGGCAAAUGGAUCUGCUGCUGAUGAGUCAGCAAGAAAUGACAAAAUUGAGCCAUGCAGUAGGCAGGGCUUACCCACUGGCUUGAAUGGUGGGUCCUCCAUAAAUAGGAGCUUAGAACUAAUACAGCCUAAGGAGCCAAGUUCAAAGCACAUUUCUCUCUGUCAUGAAUUACAUACCCUCUUUCGUGUUAUGUGGUCUGGGAAGUGGGCACUGGUAUCUCCAUUUGCCAUGCUCCAUUCUGUUUGGAGCUUGAUCCCUGCCUUUCGGGGCUAUGACCAGCAAGAUGCUCAGGAGUUUCUCUGUGAGCUGCUGGAUAAAGUCCAGCAGGAGCUGGAAUCAGAGGGAACCAAGCGUCGGAUCCUCAUCCCCUUCUCCCAGAGAAAACUCACCAAGCAGGUUCUGAAGGUGGUGAACACAAUAUUUCAUGGGCAGCUGCUCAGUCAGGUCACAUGCAUAACAUGCAAUUACAAAUCCAAUACCAUUGAACCCUUCUGGGAUCUGUCCCUGGAAUUCCCUGAGCGCUAUCAUUGCAUAGAAAAAGGGCUUGUCCCUUUUAACCAGACUGAGUGCAUGCUGACAGAGAUGCUGGCCAAAUUCACAGAGACGGAGGCCCUGGAAGGAAGGAUCUACGCAUGUGACCAGUGCAACAGCAGACGGCGUAAAUCCUCUCCCAAGCCCCUGGUUCUGAGUGAAGCUAGAAAGCAGUUAAUGAUCUACAGACUACCUCAGGUCCUCCGGCUGCACCUUAAACGAUUCAGGUGGUCUGGACGUAAUCACCGUGAGAAGAUUGGGGUCCAUGUCGUCUUUGACCAGGUAUUAACCAUGGAACCUUACUGCUGCAGGGACACUCUCUCCUCUCUUGACAAAGAGACCUUUGCCUAUGACCUCUCUGCAGUGGUGAUGCAUCACGGGAAAGGGUUUGGCUCAGGACACUACACAGCAUAUUGCUACAACACAGAGGGAGGUUUUUGGGUCCACUGUAACGACUCCAAGCUGAAUGUAUGUAGUGUCGAGGAAGUGUGCAAAACCCAGGCCUACAUCCUUUUUUACACUCAAAGAACAGUGCAGGGCAAUGCAGGAAUCUCUGAAACCCAACUCCAAGCUCAGGUGCAGUCCAGCAACAGUGAUGAGGACAGAAGACUGACAUUCCCCUGAAGGGAUCACGGGUCACCCAAUGACCUCUGGCUUGUUUUUGAAACCAUCGGUGUUCAUACAUCCUUCCUCUUUGUAGGAAUUAAGGCUGACUGAAGGAACAGAUUUGCCACUCUGGGGUCAAGAGUAGGAGUUGUCAGGCUAUUCAGUCCUGUCAUGAAAAUUUGUAAUAACUUUCUUUUCCAUGUAUUUGGAUAUUCCCCACUUUCCAUAAAAUAGAACAAAAGGAACAGCUUCAUCAGUCAUCAUCCUUUAUCAACUUCUCCAUUACAAAAGGGAUCCUGGUAUAGGGAGAUAGGUGUAAAAUGAUGGUGUCCAACAAGGAGAGGCUUGUUGUCAUCUCCAUUAUGCCUUUUUCUCCCUCCUAAUCAGUGCGAACCAGUACCAUAAGCAGGUACAGUCCCAGCUAGUGGGUUAUUCCCAGGUGAGGAGUCCUGGACUUGAGCCAACUGCCUUAUCAGGCCAGUUACCCAGGGCUUAGGCUAGAUAACACAUGUCUCAAUCCUGGGUAGUUGGGUAGUUUGCAGUGUAAGGAUUUGGCUCAGACAGCAGGGGAUUUGGAUAGAUGGGUGCUAGGCAUGUGUCAAUCCAGAAUGAACACUUAGCUGGGGAAUAACUUCAAUUAUUCACUAAAAGGGAAAAAAGAAACCACAUGAACAGUGCCCAUGGAACACUUUUUUUUUUAAUCUUAAAAAAAAAAAUGUCAUCGUCAACUCUUGAAAAACAAACUGAGAUUUUCGUAAGCUAUUUUGGGUGGGUAGAGUAUAAACCAUGAUCCCUACAUGAAGCAAAGGCAGUAGUCACUUUAUAGAUGCAAGCAGACUUUCGAAGUGUCCAACCCAUUGUGCAUUUAUGCACCACCUCUGGGCUGCCUAUUGCUCCACUUAGCAGCAGAAAGGGCAGUUCCCAUAGUAGUGCAACAAAGAUCAGUAAAGGCCAUCCAUUGCACUCCAUUCCUUACCUCAUUGCUGGGCUAAGUCUUAGAGCUGUAGAUCUAAAUCAUGGACCUAAGAUGUGUAAGUCUGUUCUUGGGUCAGCCCUGUAUUCCUAGGCUUCCCCAGAAGUCAGAUCAUUGGGAAUAGGGAAGCCCUUCAGUCUGUUGUUUAACUUGAAUGGUUUUCACCAUGUUCCACAGCCCAGCUCAUUGACAGUAUAGACAUCACAAAGAGCAUGGGCCUCCAUCAUACACUUGAAGAUUUUCUAUCAUCUUGAGGAGUGGCAGUUGCUCAGCAACCUGUUCCCACUAUGCAGCUUGCUGCUUCUGGGCCUGGUCAGAUCCCUCCCAGACUUCUUGGAAUUUCAGGAUCACGCAGAACUAUACUACCUGUCAGAGAAUUAAAAGCUGAUGUGACCCAGGUGCUGGUGAAAUGUACCUUACUCUUUAAAUUGGAUCUGUAGCAAAAAUUGUAAUGAAAUUUCACAGGUUGACCUUAAAUGCGAAUGUACCCUACUUACUAGCCAGCCACCACCGAGCUUACCUUCUGCUUUGGCUGUGGCAACCCUAUUGAAAGUCAAUUGCAAACCAUAACAGCAUUGUAGCUGUUGCUGCAGUGAAUGAAGCCUCAGCUUAUCACUAUGAAUGCUCAUCUUUUGACUGAGUAUAUCACGUUAAUAUUUGAAUUCAGGUAGAGGUACAGCUGUCAUUUGAAUGAAGGGAGUUUGGGACGGAGGAAGGUUGGAGGGGAGGGGAAGGGAAGAGGCUGAAGAGAGAGGGUAGAUUUAGCCAUGCUGAUGAAUCAGAUUUCCCAAGCAGAUCUGUAGCAUUUGCUAUUGACCUUUUUUAAGAUGGCCUCUCCCAAAUGACCUACCGAACAGCACUGAGACAUGGAGACAUUACAGACAAAGGAUGGCUUACCCUGAUAGGGAAGGGAGUAACUAUACUUUGAAUUAAACUUGCUUUUUCCAACACUGUGAGGUUUCUGUAAUAUUUAGCUUUUAUUUGGAAGCGAUAGCGUAUAGCAUUUUUUAUGCUGUUUGGUUUAUAUUGUCUCCUGCAGGCUUCUUUAUAUAAGCUUUGCCCAGGGCUCGCUCUCUGCUGUACACUGUUUUAAAGUGUCAUAGCUGCCAGGGCCACCAGAGGAGGUUCUGAUGUGGAGUUAAGCUCUCGAGGCCCAAACUGUUAAUCAACACAAUUGGGAACAAUGUUUUUCGUGGUGACGGCAAAACCCAUUUACCCCAAGAGCUAAGGAUAGUAAACCUGUUAAAAGGAAAAUAAGAAUCGUGCCUCAUCUUUCACUGAAUCCUAUAUUUAUUAUUCUAGAAUGGUAGAAAUUAAAAGAUAGAAAGGACUAAUAGAGUACCUACUCCAUUCCCCUGGCCAGUCCAGGGGGAAAUUGUUUUUAAAAGAUAAAAAGCAACACAAUGUGAUAGGUUAAUACAAAUACUCAAAUUUAAUUUUUAAAAAAAUAGUUUUAUACCAAAUAAUUAUAAGGAUUAUUAAGCUGAUUAAAGAAUGUGUAAAGUAAAUGCUUAACUUGGCCAAGUACCAAUAGAUAAAAUGAUUUAAAAAAAAAAAACCUUUUGAAAAAUUAGAUGAUAUAGAAAUGUGAGAACUACCACCUUAAGUACCCUGUUUCAGGGCAGGGCAGAGGUUUUAAGAGGCCAAGUCAACACUGGAAGCUAAAUGAGAGUAGAAUUUGAGCUGAAAUUUUGAAAACUAGGGCUUCCUCUCCACUGGGGGAAUCAGCCCAAAUUUCAAAGCUCAAAUGAAAGAUGUUAAGAGACGCCCUUUUUAAAUUUAUGUAAAUCUUGGACAUAGACAAGUCUUAGUUGCAUCUUGCUUUCUAACAUGAGAAAAGAAGGUUAAGAACCAAGUAAGACUUGUAAGUAAAGGCCACAAAAUCUAAUCCAAGUUCUACCAACUGAAAUCUGAUGGACCCACUUUGCUCCAAAGAGCAAGUGAUUCAUUAAAAUCUCAUUCCCCGAACACUUGCCACUUGGCCAGCACAUUUACUUUCCACUAUGAUCUGCUUUCUCAGAUGAAGGCAUCCUGGCCCCAAAAGGUGUUUUACCUCAAACUAGUCUGACCUUGAUAUUUUCAUUCACCCUGAGGCAAGAACGUGUGCUAACGUAUUGUUAAUCAACAAAUAACCCUUGGGCAGCCAAGAACUGAAGCCCUUAGAGAAUAGGAAAGGCCCUUGCCAGCUUAGAUUCAGCCCCUCUCUCAGGGUAGGAGACAGUGCCACACUGUAAAUUUCCAGAUGUCUCUCAAAGUGUCAAAAAUAAAAUUGGAAACUGUAGAAGUGUUAAUGUGUCCUAUGGACUCAAUAGCAGAAUUUAUUUUUGUUUUGAAUGGCAAGGCUUCUAGAGUCAAUGAUUGUAAAAAGUUCCCUACUCUGCCUAUGCUUAGGUCCAGCCAAGUGCAAGAAAAGACCAUGCGAUCUGGGGUUGGCUGGCACAACGGGUGCUCUUUG